GAAUUGUUACCUUGUCUGAAAUAGUGUGUUUAGAUUAUGAUAACCAUUGCUUUGUAAUUCUGAAUUCCCGCUUCCUGAUUUAAUGUUCAGACUAACCAUGUUGGUAGUUCUUCUCCAUUGCAACUGUAUCUUUGUUGGAAAUUAGUAUAUCCACCAGUAGCCAGAUAUCAGCACAUGCAUCAGAACCCAGGAGAGCAGAAGGACAUCUUGCAGAAGAGAACACAAAACCAAAUGGUAGUCGGCCAAACGUGGCUGACACAGUGGACAAGAAACAAAUAGGACAAGCCCAAAGCAACGUGUGCAACAACAAGGUGCAAGCCAAAACCUUCAUCACAACAGUGUCAACAGGCCAAGAGCAAAGAGAGACACAAUCCAAAAUGCGACCAGAGAGAACAACCAAGUACCAAGCAAGUUUGUUGUGGAAUACUCCAUUAGUACAGUGAUGUACUAUCAGAUGCAAUUACAGAGCUGACUAACCAUUUGCUGGGUGGCUGUAUUUAUACUGUCAGACAGGACAGCAUUUCCAGCAUAUUCACAUGAAAAAUGGAUUUAUCGUUUCUAAAAGGGGUCAGUGUGUUUAUCAGAUCAGUUUCUAAAGAGUUGAGUCAGCCCUACAUAGCAACGAGAAAUUUUACAACAAGCGUACAAUGCUUUGUGAAGAGGAAAUAUCCUAUAAAUGAAGAAGAAUCAAAGUUACUUCCAGUGUUUCAGUAUCCUGUGAGCUCCAGGAGUAUUCGCCGUGUCUAUGUAUGGGGUUUGGCAGAGCAUGGAGCAUUGGGAAAUGCACUGGAAUGCACAAAAAGUAAAAGGACACCUCUAAAAAGUGUUCGCCAUCCAAACAGACUUCAUUUUGCAGAGAAACACAAGAUAGUGGACAUUGCAUGUGGAUAUGGUUUUACAGCAUUUGCUGUAGAUGCCAAGGAUGGAUACAAAGUAUUCGGCUGUGGGAUAAAUACAGAUUCACAGAUAGGGUACCAUGCACCACGUAGGGAUCAUCCCCUGGGGCUUGUAUUAGCACCUGCCCCUGUGGAGUUGCCAGUGCACAGUCGAGUGAAGAAAGUUGCUGCUGGGCGUGCACAUCUUAUUGUAUUAUCAGAGAGAGAAGGAGCUUUUACUCUUGGCAAUAAUGCUUAUGGACAGUGUGGCAGGAGGAUAAUUGAAGAUGAGAAGUACUCUGGGAGCCAGACAGUCCAUUGUAUUCCUUCCCUUGAUGGAGCUGUGAUUGAAAAGGUCUUUUGUGGACAAGAUCACAGUAUCUUUGUCACUAAAAAUGGAGAUCUAUAUGCAUGUGGUUGGGGAGCUGAUGGCCAAACUGGAUUAGGCACUUAUGACACAGUUUAUACACCUACAAAGUUGAAAGGUGAUGUUGAAGGAGAGAAUAUCAUAAAAGUUUCGUGUGCAGCUGAUUGUGUGUUGGCACUUAAUGCUAAGGGUGAAGUUUUUGGUUGGGGAAACAAUGAAUAUGGACAGCUUCUGUUGCCAACUGACUUGCAACAACUGAAUGCACCGAGACACAUCAAGCUUGCUGGUGUGGGCAAAGUGUUGGAUAUUGCUUCUGGAGGAUCUUUCUGUCUUGUAGUAAAUGAUGCAGGUGAUGUUUUUGUCUGGGGUUAUGGCAUACUUGGAGUGGGUCCCUCAGUUGACCAUGCAAAAAAGCCAGUUCUUAUACCAACAACACUCUUUGGUAGAAAUGAAUUCAGCACAGAAUCAAGAAUUGUUAGUGUUGCUGCUGGAAUGAGCCAUAUGGCUGCUGUUACCAAUUACGGGGAUUUGUACAUGUGGGGCCGAAACAGGGGUGGUUGUUUGGGUCUUGGACAUGAAAACAACCAAUUCUUUCCUCUUAGGGUUGCAGUGGGAGCUCAAGUGAAGAAAGUUAGCUGUGGAGUGGAUCAUACAGUUGCAUUAUGUCAGCCAUAUGUUUGAUAAAUAUAAAGAGUUUGCAAAUAGUAUAUGUAGACAUAGAUAUAGUAAGGAUAUAUCAUUUUCAUUUUUAAUUUGAAAUAAAUAGUAGGAAAGUUGUGGUGAAUUUUAAAUAUUAAUAUUUCAUUUGAAAUGAAAUGUUCACAAUUUGCCUUUCUAAGUUUGCUAAAUGGAAAGAGUUAAAACAAAUAAAAUUAAUCCAUUCACAUACAGAAAAAUAAGAUCAUUGAUAAAGAAGAUCGAGGAGGACAUGAUGAUAUGAAGCAAACCAAAAAAAAAGUGACAUUUGAUAAUCUGAAUAGAGAUGAUCUGAAAAUCAAAUUGCUUAUUCAUUUUGUUGUGAAAUACAAUUUAGCUAAAGAAAUACUAAAAAUGUUUGAAAUAAGAAAAUGUAUUUGUAUGAAACUUGUUGACCUGUGGUUAUGCUUCAGUUUCCAUGUAAAUCUGGCAUAGAAUCCAGAACUUGACUUACAAUUAUGUAAUAAAAAUGUUAUUGUACAUAGCCAAUUAAAAUUUUGUUUAAGUGGCUGGGUGUUUUACACAUGACAGCUACAGGAAACUUGCUUGAUGAGAUCUGAAGCACUUUGGGUGUGCUGAUUCCAUGUUCUGCAUUUUGAACAUUUUGUAAAUAGAUGUAGAAACUGACCAUUGUAUUUAGCUUGAUUUAUGACACAGACAGAUGUGUAAACCAUGUCUGUAGAAAAUUGUAACUGAUUUCUGGACUGCAAAUAUAUGUUAAUAUUCACUAAAACAA